GGAGACGACGCCUACCAGUGCUGCUGAUUGAGCCGGUGCUUCAGUGGACUGUCUAUGCGCUCAACCAUUGCUUGUCUGACGUAACUCUGCGGCAGAAUAUGUCUGUGCUUUGAGAGGUAAUAGUCGUCAGACAACCAGUGAUUCAUUUGAAGAGACAGUUAAGGACUGACUGUAUAUUCAACUUCACUAACCAUAAGCCAGAAAACAGUCAUUGCGUUUGAAUGCAUGACUAAUACAUAUAACCAUUCAAUUCAUUCAUUCAUUCAUUUGGUUUAUAAACCAAAAAAACAUUUGAAAUCAUUUUUAAAUUAAAAAUCAUUUUAUUUAUUGUGAAAAAUAUAACUAAAAUAUAAUUAUUUAAAAAAAAGCUUUUCAUUGGAUUCUUGUCAUCAAAAACAAAGACAUUGACCAUUGUUUUGUUUUCUCCGGACCUCAUCAUCAGUGAUAUUAUCAGAUAUACGCAACACAUCCGUCAAUUGAUACUCAAAUUGUCUCAUAUUUUUCCAGUGAUUUCUCUCUGUCUCUCCCGAAGUGUUUUUUAAAUUGUAUUUUGAUUUGAUUACACACAUUGUCUGCCACCAGAAGUAUGGAUCCGUUUGACAUACCAUCGAUGGCUGACACACAUAAUACUCGACCCAUCACUAACUCUUCAUCGUCGUCAUCGCCACCGUUGCCACCAUUUGAGGAGAUUAACGAAGAAAUGAUAAGACACGACAGUUUCGAUGAAAUGGUAAGACUCGGCACUAGUGAUGGUGCCGAAGAAAUUAUGAGACCUGACAGUGCCGGCGAAGUUGUGAGACCUGGCAAUGUCCAUGAAGUUAUAGGACUCGACAAUGGCGAAGAACUAGUGACACCUGUCAAUGUCCAAGAAGUGGUAAGACCUGACAGUGCAGAUGAAAUUGUUAGGCCCGGCAGUGCCGAAGAAAUUGUGGCCCAAAAUGUGUCGCAACAGCUGUUAGACAGCGCUCUGGAGGCUCAGAGAGAUUCUUACGAACCACAUGAAGACGUGUCUGUCACAGAUCUGCAUACAAAUCAUCUGACAAUUGGUCAACAAGUGAUAGAAGAAGAGGACACACACGAAGAUUUUGAUAUACAAAAUGAACAACGAAACAGUGGUUUUCCUAUACAUCAGUAUAUCUAUGACGAAGAAGAAGAGGACGAAGCGGAAGAUGAAGAAGACGACGAAGACGACCUUCAUGUGGACACUAUACCUGUCAGUGGAAGACUUGUAUCCCUACCAGACGAUAACAAAGACAAUGUAAGUCCCGACACUAGACAUGAGACAAUCGACGACUUUGGUAUACGAGAGCCGAUUGAAUCGCAAACUGAAUCCAAAGAUGAACUUCUUUACCAAAUAGAUGAUAAUAAUAUAUUAACUGCUCAGCCCUAUGGUUAUGGAACCGGUCUAAGUAUUGGAGGAUCAUCUGAAACGACGCCUUCAAGUGAUAACCGAACCAGUAUUUAUGAACUCAAUAAAGAGGAUCCGUUCUCAACGCCUCAGAAACACAAGACUCAUAUCACCAAAGAUCAAAGUGAAGAAGACUUUCAACGAUUUGUCGACAAAUGUGAACCAUUCGAGACGAUUACCACCGACAUCGAGAUUUCGAGAAACGACGAACCAAAGAGCUCUCUACUUGAUUUUGAUUCCGGUAUCUCACAGAUGACAGGUAUACCUAAUAUCAGUAGUACAGCGACUACUGAACUAUCAGAAGACUUCACAGUCGACGCUAGCGAUCGCUUGGAGUCGGUGUCUGAGCCAAACCCCACCCAAACAACUGAAGAACUAAUCGUUAAGAAGACUGAAGACUCGUAUCUGACUCCCUCUGGUGAUGAACACACACCAACUGAGCAGCACUGGGAGCAAUCAAAGUCGUCGACUGUACUCUUCUCGUCAGCCAAUCCUAGCGAUUCAUUGCAAGAUAUUUAUACCCAACGAGACACUGAUAUACAUGCUUUCGCUGAAGAGCCGCAACCAAAUUUAGACACCAAACACACUGUCGACAGUAAAGAGCCAACAUUUGGUGCAACAACAGAGGAAACCCAUAUAGACGAAGACGACGACACAUACUUUGACGAACCUAUUCAACCAAUUGUACCAUCGAUUGCCAGCCAAUCGCCUAAAAAAGAGAAGAACCAACCAAAAGAAGAACCAGUGUUUGAACCGUUGAUCAGCGAAACGCCAAAACCCGUCGAAACUAUGGCUAAACGCGAUAAAAGAGAGACGAGUAGUGAUGAUGUGGCCACUGGUGGUGAUGCUAACUGUCCAUGUGGUACAUUGGCCGAACUGGUCUACUGGAGAGACCCGAAGAAAAGUGGUCCCGUUUUUGGUGUGGGACUCAUAAUACUACUAUCUCUGACCGUCUUUUCAAUAAUAUCGGUGGUGGCCUACGCGUCAUUGGCUGCCCUAUCCGUGUCCCUGUCGUUCCGUAUCUACAAAAACAUAUUACAAGCCGUUCAGAAAACCAAUGAGGGACACCCUUUCAAGGAGUACUUAGAAGUAGAGAUAACGCCAUCACCCGAACGCAUCCAUCAGAUCGUCGACAACCUGCUAUCGCACUUAAACUGCACACUAAACAAACUCAGGAGUGUUUUCCUCGUUGAAGACAUCAUCGACUCAUUAAAAUUUGUUGUCUUAUUCUGGUGUCUGACAUACAUCGGCUCGUGGUUUAAUGGACUGACACUUAUAAUACUGGCCUAUUUGGCGCUUUUUUCAUUGCCCAAAGUCUAUGAGUUGAAUAAGACUCAAAUUGAUCAAUACAUCAGUUUGGCCACAACUCAAAUCAAUGACAUCACCGAAAAGAUCAGAUCUAAGAUACCGUUCCCGGCCAAGAAAGAUAAAGAAAAUUAAAUCUUUUGUCGACAACUCAUAAAACUAAAGAAAAUUAAAUUAAACAAAAAUGAAGAGUAAUUAAGAAUUUUAAUGGUAUACCGCAUAAUAAGUCUCUUCUCAUUUUAAAAAUUCAGCAAAAAAUAAUAUUUUAAAUUCAUAAUAAUCACAAUAAUUCAUAAAAAAAGUUUUAUAUUAAGAAUAUUCUCUUAGAGAUAUCGAUACUCCCAAACAAACAAACAAACUAAAAAAAUAUUUAAACAAUAAUAUAUAAUACAUUUUUUGGAUUUUUAAAUAUAUAAUAUCCGUUUUAAGUAAAGUCGUCAUUGAAAACAUUGCAAUUACUAUAAUAUUUAUUAUUAUAAUUAUUACUUCUCCACCAAUUAUGCACAUUUGUGUUUAAUAUCUGAUUUAUUAUUUUUUGGGAUAAAUUUAAUUUUUUUAUAUAAUGAUUAAUACGUAUUGAGGUUAAUUUGUUUUAGAAAUUUUGUUGAUUUUGUAUCUGUUUAUAAUUUUGUGAUGAAUAUUCUGUAAAAUGAUUAUUAUUUAUAUAAAGUGAUAUUUUGUCUUAGUUUUCAAAUGUUUAACUAUUAUUUAAUAAUCAUAAUUACUUAUGUACAUUGAAAUAACCCAGAAAUUAUUAUUGUAUUUUUCAGUUAAUAAUUAAUUUUUAAUAUCACUAUCUAAUAUAUUGUAAAGUUAACGGUUGUAUAACUUAUAUACUCCAUUGCAUAUUAUAUAAUAUAAUUAGUAAAUAUUAUAAGCGUAAACUUUAAU